AUGGCUACUGAAUUCUCCCCUUUGGUCAUCGACAGCGGGUUUUUGACCGACUCCAAAAAAAUUAUCCGCGAUAGAAUCAUUCCCUGGGAAGGUUUGUCGAGAUCGGGUGUUGUGUCUGAAGACGAUGCAUCGUAUAUCAAGAUCUUGGAGAAGCAAUCUGCCGAAAACAAGAGGCUGACGGUAUUGUCGCAGUUGGACCUCUGCACGAAGACGAUUUUGAACUUGUUGAGCAAGUUGUCUGUCAACGAGAAGGACGAUGUGUUGAAAAACAUCUUGACCUUGAUCAACGACUUGUUGCUUGAGUUGCCGGGUCAGGAAUUCCUCGAUUCUUUGCUUUCGUUACUGGAAGUUGACGCCUCGUUGCCCUACACACCUUUCUUGAAGCAUUUAGAUAACAACGACGGCUUGAUCAAGUCGUUGGCUUUAUACAACGUCAUUAUCUUGUUGUCCAAGGCUAGCAAGAAUCACACUACGGCUGUGAAAAUUGAUAAGGAAGUGCUUAUCAAGAUCUUCGACUUAUUGAGUUCUCCACAGUUCAUUGGCUCUUCUGAAGCCAACUUUCAGCUUAUCGGUAUUCAGUUAUUGCAGGAGUUACUCAUAGUUAAGCAAUUUAAGAAGAUCUACCAGGAGUCAAACUUGGUGUCGAACUUUAAGGCUAUUAACCUGUUAAUUUCGUCACUGGCCAAGUAUCCUAAUGCUACAGGAUUACAAUUGUCGUACAACAUUUUAUUGACUACCUGGAUAUUGACAUUCAGCGCUCCUAUCAACAAGUCUCUUGUUCUGAACUUCCCCGAGUUGGUCAGCAACUUGUUAGCUAUAGCUAAGGAGUCCAUCAUGGUCAAAAUCGUCCGUGUCUCUGUAGGUAUAUUGAAGAAUCUUGUCUCUGUGACGACUUCUUCCUCAGAACAGUUUAAGACCAUCAAGAUCUUGUUGUUCCACGAAGGUUUACCCACUAUUAACUUGUUGAAGGGCAGGAAGUUUGCUUCCAAUGAAAGUGAUGAAGAGUUGGCAAAUGACUUGGUCUACUUGACAGACGUGUUGAACGAGAUUGUAGCUGAGAAAUUGACUUCGUUCGACGAAUACUUGACGGAGUUGGAAAACCCCAACUUGCUCAGCUUCUCGUCGCCUACUCACAAGUCGACCCAGUUCUGGUUGGAAAACUCUAACAAGUUCAAGGACUCGUCGUUCAAGUUGGUCAAGAGAAUACUCGAGAUCUUGACCUCUUCUGGCUCCAAUACCACCAUCAAGGUAAUCUUGUUGAACGACUUGCAGUUCUUAAUCAAGAAUUUAGGUCAGGACUUGGUCAACUUCAUUUCAACUGAAAGAGACGGUGCUUACAAGUUGUUGAUCAUGUCCUACUUGGACAACAACUUGGGUGAUAACGACUUGAAAUACGAGGCUUUGAAGACCAUCCAGUUGUUGGUGGGCCGUAGCUUCUAGUGUUGCACAUUCUUCAUUUUCCUUUAAUUCUCUAAGCUCAUUUCUUUAUUCUUUCAAAAUAGAUAUCACAUUAGU